UGUGGCCAUUCUGGGUCGUGUCGUCAGAGUCACACCAGUGUUCGGUGAAAUUGACGGUGGUAAAGACGCGAUAUAGGACGCGUUGAAUGUAAACACUGUAGAACAUUAAAUAGUAAUUGAACCGCAAGAGAGGGUUGCAGGUCGAUCUUGCAUAUCGCGUCAAGAUCGCAUACAAUUUCAUGCACUUGAACUACAACUCUAAAUCCUAAAUUGAACAUACCUCGACUUCAACAUGUCUUCAAACAUUGGCCUUGUAGACGAGUAUCUCGCCAAAGGAACAUGGAAGACCGCCGAGAACGCCAACUCAACCUACUCCCACCAAGGACUCAUGCAAUACGUCUCCAACCAAAUCAUCUCUCAAUACUGGCUCGAAAAGAUCUACACCGAAGAAAUCCGACAAUAUGACCACGAGAAUCGCUUUCAUAUCCAUGAUCUCGGCUUCCUAAGCGCGUAUUGCUCUGGCUGGAGCAUUGAGGACAUUCUCCUCCAAGGCUUUGGUGGUGUUGAGAACAAGAUCCAGUGUCGACCUGCUAAACAUCUCAAUACUGCGCUCAAUCAGAUCGUCAAUUUUCUGUUUACGCUACAGGGUGAACUUGCUGGUGCCCAGGCUUUGUCUAGCUUUGACACGUACCUUGCGCCAUUCAUCCGCAGCGAUAAUCUAUCUUAUACCGAUGUGUUCAAAUAUGUUCAGAGCUUCGUUUACUCCCUUAACGUCCCGACCCGAAGCGGUUUUCAAGCCCCGUUCACGAACCUCUCACUCGAUCUCAUUUGCCCGAAACGACUCGGCGAUCAAUGUGUUAUUAUUGGUGGCGAAUUACGAACUGAUUGGGUAUACAGUGACUUUCAGGAAGAAAUGGAUAUACUCAACAAGGCAUUUGCUGAAGUCAUGAUGCAAGGCGAUGGAAACGGGAAUAUCUUUUCUUUUCCUAUUCCGACAUAUAAUGUGUCAGAUGGAAUUGAUUGGGAAUCGCCUCGGUGGCAGUCUAUCUGGGAGAUGACAGCCAAGUAUGGUGUUCCAUACUUUGCUAACUUCAUUAACAGUGACCUCGACCCUGAGGACUUUCGCUCUAUGUGUUGUCGAUUGAGACUAGAUCUCAGUAAACUUCACUGCAGAGUCGGUGGCCAGUAUGGCGCAAGUCCAUUGACUGGCUCUAUUGGAGUCGUCACGAUCAAUUUGCCCAACCUGGCAUACCGAUCCAAUGGCUCGAAGGAGACGUUCAUGACAAAGUUGACCAACACGUUAAGAGUGGCCAAGGGCUCUUUGGAGAUCAAGCGAAAACUUGUGGACGAGAACUCGACUCUUUAUCCCUACGCCGCUCAUUACCUAUCAGCUACCAAGCAUCGCACUGGAUCUUACUGGACGAAUCACUUCAGCACCAUUGGAAUCCACGGCAUGAACGAGGCACUCGUGGAUCUUCUCGGUGAAGGUAUCGGUGAACAAAGAGACUUCGCCCUUGAAGUUCUAGAGUUCAUCAAGGACCAACUCCAAGAAUUCCAGAAAGAAACGGGUAACCUGUACAACCUCGAAGCCAGUCCCGCAGAGAGUACAUGUUAUAAGUUUGCUAAGCGCGACAAGGAACUCUUCCCUGAUAAGGAAAUUCCUACUUACUACACAAACUCGACGAUGUUACCUGUCGACACGACAGAGGAUCUCUUCGAAGCCAUGAGCCAUCAAGAAGCACUUCAAUGCUCUUACACUGGUGGCACUGUCUUCCAUGCGUUCCUCGGUGAACAAUUACCAAGUUGGAAACUGGCUAGAGAUCUGAUCAAGACUCUCACCGCACGCUUCCGCAUUCCAUACAUCACACUGACUCCAACCUUCAGUAUAUGUCCGACACACGGAUACAGAGCGGGCGAACAACCAGAGUGCACAGCAUGCGGAGAGUUGACGCUGGUUUACUCGCGCAUCGUCGGGUACUUCCGACCUACGAGGGAUUGGAAUCGUGGCAAGUCGAAGGAGUUUGUGCAGCGAAAGGUGUACAAGUAUGAGACUGGACUGAGCAAUGAAAACAAACUUCAAGAACUGGAGAAGCAAGUCGCUGCUAUUCAAGACUUACCUGUGGCUGGCUACAUCAAGAGUACGCUGAGUGACUACCCCGGCAAGAUGCAGGCUUCCAUCAUGUUUACAUCCCGGUGCAACCUCGCCUGCCCAUGGUGUCACAACGGUCCGUUAGUCCAAGGAGAAUGUGACGACGUUAGAAUUGUAGACGUCUUCCGUCACAUUACGUUAACGUCUCACAAGUCACUCGUUGUCUCAGGCGGUGAACCCACCAUCCACAAAGGUCUCCUCCCCUUCCUGAGAAUCCUCAAGACCGCUGGGAUAAGUGUAAAGCUCGACUCAAACGGCACAUCACCCGAUGUCCUCAAAGAAGUAUUUUCCGAGAACCUCGCCGACUUUGUUGCAAUGGACAUCAAGUGUGCUUUGGAGAAUUACAAGCGCGUCACGGGUAAGAAGGUCAAGCCAAAGCUUCUAGAAGCCAGCAUUGAUCUCAUCAAGAACAGUGGAGUGCCUUAUGAGUUUCGCACGACUGUUGUGCCUGAGCUAGUUGAUGUUGAGGAUCUUUUUGAGGCGAAGAGGUUGUCGGGGAAGAAGUUGACGAUGCAGAGGUUUAGGAAUGGAGAGACGUUGUUGGAUGCGAAGUUCAGGACGUUUCAGGAGCAUACAGAUGAGGAGUUUGAUAAGUUGGUGAGCCAGGUCGCGUAAUUGGAACGCUUUACUGUUCCUGUUUGAGGUUUUUCUUUUAUGAGCAAUCAUAUUCAUUAAUUGUAGAAGUUAAUGAAUUAGAACCCAAUAAAUGCAUUCUUCCCUCCACUAAGAGGUAAACUAAUCAACCCGGCCUUCUUCCGAAACAUGUCCAUCCACUGAGGAUUAUCCGCCCAAGUCGAAUCCCAAGAAUUAUCCGGCCCAUAGAUAAUCUCGCUCAUCUUUCUUUGUAUCUGUCGAUCUGACGGCACAUGGCCUUGUGAGAUCUCGGUAGAUACAUAUUGUAACAACAACCUCUGUACCUCCUGAUGAGAAUGAGGAACCUCCGAUUCUCUUGAGUUUUGCCUAGGGCUCGUCUCAUUGGCGCUGAACGGAUUCAAUGGGUAUGUGUCGACACGGUGAUCUACCCUUGAAGCGGAGAAUGGCUCCAUGGUUCGGCGCUGAUCUCCUAUCAAGAACGCAGGCAUGUCAUUCUCCACGAGGUCUUCAAUCUGUUUGUCAAAGCCCCGAUCACCUUUCCACUCUCUCAUAUCUGCACCUGCACGGAAGUGUAGAGCGAGAUGUUUCUGCCUUUCUGUCCAAGUGCCCAAUUGUGCAUCACAGAAUCCGCAUCUCGAUCUAACAUCAUCUAUCGACGAUAGCCAGCUCUUCAUGGAGUCAUUGAAGUUGCAUCCUUGAUGAAAGAGACGUAAGUGCUGUCUGAGGUGAUCUUUGCGGUGGAAUAAUCGUGCGGAUUCUGGUUGAGCGGCACAGGCUGAGUAGUUGUGAGUUUCUGGGUGGUCUAUCGAGGGGUUGGGACAUUUGCAGAAGAUACAGUAUGAGUUUCCAUCUGUCUGUUGUAUUAUCGGUCCAAAUCUUGAGCAUCUACAUAAAAGUCAGUCAUUGUAAGACAAAGGCUGGUCUCUUUUCUUUACUGACUUCCAUUGCUCGAGG